AAGCCGAAGGACAUCCGUCGUCUGCCGCUGAAAAGGAGAUGCUGUGCAGAGCUCUGAGGUCAAAGAGACCUCGAGGAAGCUCAAGGUAGGAGUUUGCUGAACUUGUCGACCUCUGACCUGGACAGGACGAUGGACCGGGCAGCGCUGUCGUGACUCCCCCCAAAAUAAACCUGGCGGAGAAGCCUGUUAACCUUCCUAACUUCGGCUGAGCUGCGUACGUUUUGGAUGCUGCCAUGCCCAUCAUCAGCAACGCUAACCACGACUUCAGCAACCUGUCUGUCAGUGACGACAGCAGCCUCGACCGCAUCUUCACCGAGAUUCCCGAGACGGAAACCGUCAAGGGUGUCUAUUACCAAAGGGCUCAGUUCAUACGUCAGCCAGAGGACCUCGUCUCCGUAGACCACCGCUUGCUGGCGGUGAUCAACGUCGGGGGGAACCGCUACACCUUCCCUUGGACCACACUGCAGCAGUUCCCUCUCACUCGGCUCGGCCGCCUGCGUGGCUGCAGCUCACCUGAGGACAUCGCCGGCGUCUGCGACGACUACGAUGAAGCCCGGAAGGAAUUCUUCUUUGAUCGCUCGCCGUCCGCCUUCAGGGUCAUCCUCAACUUCCUGGCUGCGGGUAAACUUCGGCUGCUGCGGGAGAUGUGCGUCCUCUCCCUGCGCGACGAGCUCGCCUACUGGGGUGUGGAGAUGACGUACAUGGAGCGCUGCUGCAAGAGGAAGAUGUACACACGAAUCGAGGAGGCGCACGAGCGGGAACGGCAGGAGGAGGAACGCAGGCAGAGGAACGCCAUGCAGCGCGUUCCCGUGGAGGAGACCACGUAUCGAAAAGUUAUGAACUGGCUCAGAGAUACGGUGGAGAAUCCGCAGUCCGGCUUACCGGGCAAGAUCUUCGCCUGCCUGUCAGUCGUCAUGGUAGCAGUGACUGUGGUGAGCUUGUGCAUCAGCACCAUGCCUGACCUCAGAGAAGAAGAGGACAGGGGCGAGUGCUCCUCCAAGUGCUACAACAUGUUCAUCAUCGAGACAGUGUGUGUGGCCUGGUUCUCGCUGGAGUUCAUCGUGCGCUUCAUUCAGGCGCGCAGCAAGUUGGACUUCCUCCGUGGGCCGCUCAACAUCAUCGACGCCAUGGCCAUCUUGCCUUACUAUGUGUCCUUGGUGGUAAAAGACGAGGACCCAAACAUGGACAGCGAUCGGCCAGGAGGAGGUAAAGGCUACUUGGACAAGCUGGGUCUGGUGCUGAGGAUCCUUCGGGCGUUGAGGAUUCUUUACGUGAUGCGACUGGCUCGCCACUCUCUAGGCCUGCAGACGCUCGGACUGACGGUGAGGCGCAGCACGCGUGAGUUUGGCCUGCUCUUGCUUUUCCUGUGCGUGGCUGUCACCCUCUUCUCGCCGCUGGUCCACCUAGCUGAAAGCGAGCUCACGGGCCCUCACGAUUUCAGCAGCAUCCCCGCCUCCUACUGGUGGGCUAUUAUUUCCAUGACAACAGUGGGCUAUGGCGACAUGGUGCCUAGAUCCAUCCCUGGGCAGGUUGUAGCGCUGAGCAGCAUCCUGAGUGGGAUCCUCAUCAUGGCCUUCCCCGCGACCUCCAUCUUCCACAUGUUCUCCCGCUCGUACCAAGAACUCAAGAUGGAGCAUGACCGUUUGUUCAAAGAGGAGUGCGCUGCCGCUGCCGCUGCAGCUGCCGCCGCCUCCGCCAACGGCACUGGGGAGCUGCAGGACGCAGGAGUGGAUGGAGGACAAGGUGGUGAUGUGAAACUGGGGGACUCAACUGCUAUUGCACAAGCUUUCCAUCUGGAUAAGGGUAGUAUGCAGUCACUAGAAUAUCUUGCUCUGUUAGGGAAAGGAGAUGAUGCUGCAGCAAAUAAUCACAGUCUCCCGGCAGCAGCUUUCUGAAAGAAUGACGUGCUAUCAAACCAAAACUUCUAAUCUCCGUGUUACAUAAAAUAAAUGGACUAUCUUCCCAAAGGUCUCCCUUUCCAUGUGUAUCUUAAAUCCAUUAAAAAUAAGGACGUUACAUCUUCUGCAUUUGUUUCGAUGUUCAGGUUGCUGAUGUGGGUGGGACCUGAGAGUGUAUCUGAGCAUGUGUGUGCACUCUGCACUGACACUGACUGAAAGACUCCUUAAAACCCUUUAAACCCUAUGGUACAGGUUGUUUAUUGAAAGCCUUUGCUGCAAUAUUAGUGACACUUUGCUUCCAUAAACAUGCAAUAUCAAUCCAAAGUUGCUUUUUUUUCUUCCACUGUGAAAAUACCCUGCAACUUUAAGUGUAGUACUUACUCAAAACUUAAACUUACUUACUUAAACUCUGUCUACAGUGUCAAUUUAUCAAAUGACUCACAUACUCACUGUACACUUCAUUAGGCAUACAUGUGCAUCUAAUCCACACAAAGAAAUCUGCUUUCCAUCACUGCAAACAAAAAUUAACUUUGUUCAAUGAAUAACUUUCUAACACUGUCGAUCCAUACGAUAGAGUGGCACAGUUUUGGGCGUACGUGCAAUAUCCUUUGUCAAACACCCCCAAAUCGGUCCACUUUGGGAAAAUAUGUUUGAAAAAUGAAGCCGAAUUUCAAAUCAACGUCGUCAGAGACAUGAGCAAAUGACUGCGUAAGUGCAGUCUGAGUAAUGUGCUCCUCUUGGUUCAUUUCUGAGAUGGCUGAUGCCAGCUAAUUCGAUUUGCUUACUGCAUGGUACAACCAUUUCUUGUGUGUUUUACGAAAUAUGUUGGGGACGUUUCGAUUAUUAGUAUGGAACUGUAAGAGAAUAGCCACUUUGAGCGAUGAGACACACAUUUAAAAUAAAUCAAACAAGAUACAUAUUUUUUAAACAGCUAGACAGGAAGGAAUAAAUGAAGGCAUGUUUUUGUGUGACUGGUAGAGAAUGAGCGCUAACAACCAUGAAAUGUACUUUGCAAUGCUCCAAAUAAAAGCUCUUACAAUG